GGGCGUCGGGGCCGACAGUCCGGAAAGCCAGGCCCCCUACCGUUGCGGGGGCAGUGCUGUUGUCAGCGAGUUCGCCAAGUUGUCGGACCCCUAUGAGCUGCCCCCGGCUGCCUGCCAUGUCCACAUGCCUGGUCCGUCUGCUGCCACUGGCCUUCCCUGGGCCCAGCGGGCUCGCCUUCAGCCCGCCAGCUUGGCACUGCGAAAGCAGGAGGAGGAGGAGAUGAAGAGGUCCAAAGCCCUGUCUGACAGCUAUGAGCUCUCCACAGACCUGCAGGAUAAGAAGGUGGAGAUGCUGGAGAGGAAGUACGGUGGCCCAUUUCUCAGUCGGCGGGCAGCACGCACCAUCCAGACAGCCUUCCGCCAGUAUCGCAUGAAUAAGAACUUUGAGCGGCUUCGCAGCUCGGCUUCAGAGAGCCGUAUGUCCCGGCGCAUCAUCCUGUCCAACAUGCGCAUGCAGUUCUCCUUUGAGGAGUAUGACAAGGGCCAGACUGCUCCUUACUUUGAGGGCAAGCCAGCCUCUUUGGAUGAGGGUGCCAUGGUGGGGGCCCGGGCCCACCGGCUAGAGCGUGGUCUCCCCUAUGGUGGUUCUUGCAGUGGCCUGGAUGGAGGCAGCUCUGCCACCACCUCUGGGGAAUUCUCCAAUGACAUCACCGAACUGGAAGACUCCUUCUCCAAGCAGGUGAAGUCCUUGGCAGAAUCGAUUGAUGAGGCCCUGAACUGCCACAGUCUUCGGGGAGAGGAGGAGGAGGAGGAGGAGGAAGAGGAAGAGGAGGAGGAGGAGGAGGAGGAAGAGGAGGAUAGCACAGGCACUUCCUUCAGUGAUGUCACUCUCUACCUAGAUGAAGCUACUGGACCUGUGUCGCCCCUUUCCCCAGACCACCCUGCCAGCAGUGGUGAUACUCCACAGCCACCUCUGCCGCCACCCCCACCUGGGGCUUCCAAUGCUCGGGAGGAGGACAUGGGGGCCCGCCGGGGCCCCCCUUGCCUUGAAUGCAGGGACUUCCGCCUGCGGGCAGCCCACCUCCCACUGUUGACCAUUGAACCACCCAGUGAUAGCUCUGUGGACCUCAGUGACCGCUCUGACCGGGGCUCUAUUCACCGGCAGCUGGGCAACUAUGAGGCUGGUGGGACUGGCAGCCCUCAUGGGACCUUGCAGCAGCAUCCAGAGCCACCACCACCUGGGAGACCCCCUCACCCCCUCCGGCACUACCCAGCCCCUGAGGCUAGUGGCCUGGGGCCCCCACCACCACCCCCUGGAAGCUCUGCUCUCAAUAGCGGUGCCCCGCCUGGAGGCAGUAGCAGCCGAAUCCUCAUGGGCAAGUGUGAGGCUGGCACGGCUCCAGCUGCCAGUGGUGGUGCCGGUGGCAGUGGUGGUGGGGACAACUCUGACGGGGAGCCUGAUAGCUUGAACAGCACCACCAACUCAAAUGAGACCAUCAACUGCAGCUCAGGAUCUUCAUCGCGAGACAGCCUGCGGGAGCCCCCUGCCCCACUGGGCUCCCAGACUUAUCAGCGGGAGACUAGGCACAGUUGGGACUCCCCAGCCUUUAACAAUGAUGUGGUCCAGAGACGGCAUUACCGCAUAGGCCUCAACCUCUUUAACAAGAAACCAGAGAAAGGCAUCCAGUACUUGAUCGAGCGUGGCUUCUUGUCCGACACGCCUGUGGGGGUGGCCCACUUCAUCCUGGAGCGGAAGGGCCUGAGCCGCCAGAUGAUUGGGGAGUUUCUAGGCAACCGUCAAAAACAGUUCAACAGGGAUGUGCUCGACUGCGUGGUGGACGAGAUGGAUUUCUCCUCUAUGGAUCUGGAUGACGCCCUGCGAAGGUUCCAGUCCCACAUUCGAGUCCAGGGAGAGGCCCAAAAAGUGGAGAGGCUUAUUGAGGCCUUCAGCCAGCGGUAUUGUGUGUGCAACCCAGCCCUUGUGAGGCAGUUCCGGAACCCGGAUACCAUCUUCAUCUUGGCCUUCGCCAUCAUCUUGCUCAACACAGACAUGUACAGCCCCAAUGUAAAGGCUGAACGCAAGAUGAAGCCUGAAGACUUCAUUAAGAAUCUCAGAGGAGUCGACAACGGAGAAGAUAUCCCCCGGGACCUACUGGUUGGCAUUUACCAGCGCAUCCAGGGCCGAGAACUGAGGACCAAUGAUGACCAUGUAUCCCAGGUGCAGGCAGUGGAACGCAUGAUCGUAGGAAAGAAACCAGUCCUCUCCCUGCCCCACCGGCGCCUGGUCUGUUGCUGCCAACUGUAUGAGGUACCUGACCCCAACAGGCCACAGAGGCUCGGUCUUCACCAGCGUGAAGUCUUUCUCUUCAAUGACCUACUUGUGGUAACCAAAAUUUUCCAGAAGAAGAAGAUCCUGGUGACCUACAGCUUCCGCCAGUCCUUUCCCCUUGUCGAGAUGCAUCUCCAGCUCUUCCAGAAUUCAUAUUACCAGUUUGGCAUUAAAUUGCUGUCUGCAGUGCCAGGUGGGGAGCGGAAGGUGCUCAUCAUAUUCAACGCACCCAGCCUCCAAGAUCGGCUUCGCUUCACAUCUGACCUCCGAGAGUCCAUAGCUGAAGUACAAGAGAUGGAGAAAUACCGUGUGGAAUCGGAGCUAGAGAAGCAGAAGGGGGUGAUGCGCCCCAACACCUCCCAGCCCACUGGCUCCAAGGAUGCAGUCAACGGCACACUGCCACGGUCCAGCCUGGAGGACACAUAUGGCCUUGGUGAUGGCCUGAAGCGGAGUGCCCUUAGCAGCUCCCUACGUGACCUCUCUGAUGCAGGGAAGCGGGGGCGACGUAACAGCGUGGGAUCAUUGGACAGCACCAUCGAAGGCUCUAUUAUUAGCAGCCCCCGCCCACACCAGCGGAUGCCUCCAGCGCCACCGCCACCUGAGGAGUAUAAGACACAGCAGCGCCCCGCAUCCAACUCAUCCUCCUUUCUGGGCUCACUGUUCGGCAGUAGAAGGGGCAAAGGCCCCUUCCAGACCCCUCCGGGGCCUACAUCUGCCUCUUCCUCCUCCGCCUCCUCCUCUCACCACCAUCACCACCACCAUCACCACCACCACCACCCCUCUCCAGCUAUAGCACCCCACCACCCACCGCCAGCCCCAGCCCCGGCCCCGCACCACAUACAUACUGAUGGCCCCUCCAAGCUUCAGGCACUCCAUGCCCAGUAUUGCCAUGUGCCCGGGGGACCAGCCCCGCCUCCCCCACCCUACCACCCACAGCCUGCCCCGCCCCCACCCCCACCUCAGCCAGCCCCUCUACCCCAGGUGGGCACUAUCCCCCCGCCACCUGCCUCUGCGCCGCCCGUGGGGCCACACCGUCACUUUCUUGGUGGCCAUGGGCCUCAGCACUUUACACUGGGCCGGGCUGGGGGCCGAGCCAAACGAGGAGCAGCCGGGGCAGCCUCCAUGGGGGGUCGCUACCCACUCCACCAACCCACUUCACCUCUGCCCCUCUAUAGUCCUGCCCCACACCAUGGCUUGGUCCACCAUGCAUACCCCCCACCAGGUCCACCACCACCUGGUGUCCACCAUGUGGCCAGUGCAUCCAAACAGGGCCCUAAGCACUUUAUCUUUGGUGGGCACCCCCCACCAAUGAUGUCACGCUCAGCACCUGGAGGGCCCUAUGGGAGUGGAGGAGGUGUCGGGGGCCACUCUGGCCCAGGGCACCCACCUCAGUCACCACUGUCACCUCACUCACCUGUGAUACCACCCCACCCUUCAUACCCACCACUUCCUCCACCCUCACCCCACACCCCGCUUACCCCACAUUCACCUGCACCACCCACCUCUCCCCACCCACCACCCCAUAGCCACAGUCAUGGCCACCCCCAUGGUCAUGGCCAUGGUCCUGGGAACCCCAAGCCCAAGCCAGCAAGUAGAAUCAGCACUGUCGUUUGAAUCGUAAGCAGAAAGUUGGCUCACCCCACCUUCUGGGUUGGCCUUGGAUCCUCCUAGGACACUCUCUUCCUGCCCUUCAGAAAAAAAAAUACAUCCGUGUACAGAAAACACGAGAGAUGUGGACACCAACUGACCCUGUCCUUAGUCCUACUCCUAGGUGGGUGUUGGGCAAACCCCCACUUCCCCUCCCUGGUCCUAGUUCCUCUCUGUAAGAUGAGGGGGUUACUUCUAGAUUUCCAGUCUCUAAUCUUCAGUUGUUCCCCACCCCACCCCCCAGGCUCAGUUUCUCCUGUAAAACAUGAAGGUUCACCUGGAUGGGUCUAAAUCAAUCUGGCAUCAGCCUAGGAUCUUUACCUGGGGGCCCACAUUUCCCAGAGUUUUUCUCAGGGGCCCAAUCACUGAGCAAGAGAUAUUCGAGGGGCCAGUGGGGAAGGAGUAAAGUCUCACCUGUCUCUGGAGAUUGUGUGAACUGAGGGAGAUGGUCUAGUGAGGGAAUGUCUGAGGCCUCCUCAGGUGCCUCUGGCCAUCCCCCAGGGCCACAGGGGUUUGGGGCUUGGCCCUACUCUCCUUCUCCUUCUGAAGGACUCCCCCCUCCCCAAAAUACGUUAGGGAAGAGGUGAGGGCUACAGGCUUGGAGCUGGGCUGGCCUCCUGGUCCUCUUCCACCUUUGGAUUUGCCCUUUCCUCACCAAUCUGCCUCCUCUGAUCUUGGAGUUUGGGGAAUAUCCUUCCCCACUACUAUUUCUCUCCCCACCCAGACUAAAAAUCCGGAUUUAUGCUGAUCAGGAAGAAACACUAAACCCCACCAUUUCAUGUCUUCCCUAACUCUCACUCCCUCCCCAUGAGCCAAUGCACUUUAUAGGUCUGGGAGGUGGGUGGAACUGCAAUCUCCCCCCCAAAUGCUGGGACAGGGCCUCUCAGAGACACCCCCCCUCCAGCUCUUGGGAGAGUAGAGAGUGAGAGUGUGCCUGUGUGUGUGUGUGUGUGUGUGUGUGUGUGUGUGUGUGUGUGUGUUGAGGGGUGGGGGUGGGAGACAGCUGAAGCAAGGUCUGAGCCCUACAGAAUGGGCAAGACUGGGCAGGCCAGGCUAAGGCAGAAGGGGAGAAAAGCUGAGCUCCAGGCCCAGGCUCACUCAGUAAGGGCCCUCUUGGGAUACCCAGGGGAGCCAUGGAAAUCCUUGGCUUUUCAGCCUGGAUGGCCUUGGCCCUGGCGGCCUCCUCCACGUUCGUCUACUACAAAUCUAUUUUGUACCAAACCUGGCGCCCAGCUCGCCCUCUUGCUCCCUUCCUGCCCGCAUGUCCUUGCAGCCCUCACCAUUCUUCCCUGCCUACCUGGCCCCUGUUGCCUACAGGGAGUGGACAAGGGGCCCGGCCCAUUCUCUGCACAGAGAGGGCUGGAAAAGUGCUGGUCCAAAGCCUGAGGGAGGGGCCUCGUUGUCUUGGUUGGGUCUGGUCUGUUCUUUUUCUUCUCUUUGUUGUACAUAAGAAUGUAUAUUUGAUGUCUUAUAAACACCCCCAUCUUUGGCCUGUGCUCA